GUAACAAUGGCUGCAGGAUUCAUCGACUGCCACUGUCAUAUUUCAGUGGAGGAGUUUGCCGAGGAUGUAGGAGAUGUCAUUAAAAGAGCUAAAGAGGCAGGAGUGAAGGCACUUGUUUCAGUUACAGAACAUGUUGAUGAAUUUGAAAAAGUAAUCCAGUUGCACAAAAGGUAUCCAGAUUUUGUGGUGCCAUGCUUUGGGAUUCACCCUGUUCAAGGCUGUGCUCCCCAACUGCAGCAGCACAGUGUAACAAUGCAGGAUCUGGAACCUGCCCUGCCUUUCUUUCAGAAGUACAAAAAUGAAAUAGCUGCAGUUGGUGAGAUUGGCCUUGACUUUACACCUUGGUAUGCACCUCAUUCUGAACAGCGUGAUGAACAACAGAAAGUUUUCAGAUCACAACUGGAUAUUGCCAAGCAGCUUGGUUUGCCAGUAAAUGUGCACUCCCGUUCAGCAGGAAGACAGACCAUUACCGCUCUUAAAGAGCAAGGAAUUCAGCAUGCCUUGUUACAUAACUUUGCUGGGAAGCCUUCGGUUGCUUUGGAGGGAGUACAGGCUGGCUAUUUCUUCUCCUUCCCUCCUGCCAUCUCUAGAAAUGAGCAGCGUGUUCUACUGGUUAAACAAAUUCCACUGGAACACAUUUGCCUAGAAACAGAUUCACCAGCUCUUGGACUAGACAAAGAGGUACGAAAUGAACCAAAGAACAUCACCAUUUCUUGUGAGUACAUUGCUAAAGUGAAAGGUGUUACACCAGAGAGAGUUGCUGAAAUUACAACUCAGAACGCUUUAAAACUGUUUCCUAGAAUUCACAGAACUGUGAAAUUGUGAAAUGCCUACAGGAAGCCUUGUGAUCUAUUACUUGUGUGAAGGAGCAUGGAAAAAGAAUGGAUUGAAUGCAAAUCAUUAAAAACACCAAAGUGCCAAAAGGCCUUUUUAAAUCCUUCUUUUACCGUGUUUCUGUUUCCAUCAACAAAAAAAGAUGAACACUACAGGGAUCAUUUUGCAGUUACUAGGGACAAAAUUCAUCAAGCAGAACAUAAUACAUCAGGUUAAAGUACACAUGAAGAGAAAACAGAUUCAACAUAAAAUGUUGUGAAAAUAAAAAGACAGAUAUCAUAAUGUAUUACUGUAAUGAAAUAUGUAUAUGUCUGUAUGCGUUGUGAAGAUGUGAGUGAGUAUAGGUAUCUAAAAUUGUACAGAAAAUGUAUCAUACAAGCCUAGACUACAAAGUAAUGCAGCAACGUAGUUUGGCUUGUAUCCUUAGUAAAUUGUAUCAGUGUUUGCCAUGCACAAUUUAGGAAGUGGGCUUCAAAAUCUAACGCCACUUCAGUUUGACAUGUGACCUGGCUGACUUAUGUGUGAUUUUAGGGUUCAGGAUACCUACUGUUUUGAGAUAAUGCAUUCUUCAUAUUUUGUACGAGGGGUGAGGUUACUUUAACCUCAGUAAAAUGGAACUGCUGUUUUAACAUUUGGUAAAUAGUUGUAUUCUGUGAUUUUCUGAGUUAAGUUCCAUUGCCAGUGUUACCCAGUAAUAAUUAACAUGUAUGUAACAAAAUAGCAACAUGCUAACAAGCAAUUGUGAAUCUUCAGUUUGAAUAGGAAUGCAGCAAUUCAUGUACAAUGUAUUUAAACUUGAAUUAUUGUAUUUGUAUUUAAAACAUGCAUUAGCAUA